AGAGAGAGAGAGAGAGGAAAGACAGCAUCUCUGACCUGUAUCACUCCACUCCAAGCACACAGAUAACCAUGUCCAUGAACAUCUCAGAGGGAGAGUUGCCAUGGCGACCAGAGAUGCCGCUGAAGAACGUGCAGUUACAGGUUCAGGAGUUAUACCCAUUCCACGAUGGCUGGAACGUGGCCUGCUUCGUCAUCCUGAUGGUCUUCAUCCUCACCGUCCUCUCCCUCGCUGCACUAGCAUUCAUGUAUGAGCUGCUGGACUGCGGAUGCUUUGCCAAGGGCAAGACAGUGCGGGAACUGCGCGAAGAGAGAGGCGCUCUUUGCAGGGACACCAGCCACACAGAGGUGGUGUAGUACAAGACAGUCCUUAAUUAAGUGGCUCAACAAACAAAGUGUACUUUGCUGACCGCACACAGCUCAGCAUCUCCACAAUGGCACAUAGGCAUAUAUCUUUUGGUUGUCCCGCAUCACAGACAACGGACAGACAACAGGCUGUAAAACCGCCUCAGAUGUCAAUUCACCAAUUGAAGAUUCUGUACCAAGUAGACAUCCUUCCCUUGAAAACAUGUGUCAGAAUAUUCAAAUGUCUUUAGUCUGAUGUUCCUCUGGCAUAUUGGGCCAACUAAACAGAGUGUGUUUAACGUUACACUGUUUACAGGGAAUACACACUGCUCAGUUAUCACAGCUGGAUUACCAGUAGAAAGGAUCUUUGAAUGAGACAGGGAAAUUGCACUGAAAAUCAUUAAUUAUGCAGGUGACAUGCUAUGUAACCUUGCCACUAGAAUUGUACAUAUUUAUGUCUUCAACCUGCUUUUCCGUAUGGGAACGGGGAGGGCUUCAUCACGAUUGCUUAAUAUUGUAAAUGCACUGUGUUAUUAAGAAUCUAUGGAAACAGUGAAAUGCACUUGAAGAGAAAUGUACAUUACCGAAUGUGUUUGUAUUUUGAAAAAUGUGCCAAUUCAUUGUUAUGCACAGUAUAUCAAAAAGUAUGUGUGGCUUGUUAUAUGUAAAAUCUCAACUCAUGUACAUGUUUCAUAUAAAAUAAAAUUCACACA